GUUCGCUGACUGCCGGGCUCUGCUUUUCGGACUUUUGCCGGAUCCCUUGGACUGGCGGUGCCUGCAAUGUGCGGCUCGCAGCCUGGGCCUCCGAGAGGUGCAUCUAGAGCCGGCGCUUCGGACACCCUUGCGCCGCGUGCUGCGACGGCUGCGGAGGCUGCCCUGUGAUGACCUUCUGGGCCGCGAGGUCCGGUCGGCGGAGCUCAGCGUGGAAGAGCUGCGCUUCUUUGUGGAGAUGCUGAAAGCUCGUCCCCGGGAAGCCCAGGGCGACGUGCUGAAUCUGCAGCCCCGCUUUGCCCAGCUGGACGCUUCCCACGGCAGGGCGCUGGGCUGCUGGCUGCGGAGCUUCCAGGGCGCGCUGGGCCUGGCGGAGUGCCGCGGCUUGCUGGGCCCAGCGCUGUUGCAGGGGCUGGCCAACACGCCGCUGCGCCUCAGGAAGUUGGAUUUGUGCGCUUGCGGCGUUUCUCCCGAGCACCUUGCCGCCUUGCUGCAGAACGCCAGGCUGGAGGAGCUGAACCUCUCCUUCAAUGAGCUGACGUUUGAGGCCUUUGAAGGCCUGGCGCGGUCCGACUGCCGAGUCUCAAAGCUGGUGCUGAAGCACUGCGAUUUGUCGGCGCAGAGCCUGCCGCUGAGUGCUCUCAGCUGCUUGCAGCUGGCGGAGUUGGACCUUCGCUGGAACCCCAGGCUCGGCCUCACUUCCGGGGACUUGCAGGCUUUAGGCCUGCAGCGGCUCCGGCUGGGUCGCGCGGACCCGGAGGCCCUUGCGGAGCCGAAGAGAAGCUGCCUGCCGCAUCUCAUGAGGCACGCGGAGCUGCGGGAGAUGCUGCGUGCGCUGGUGCCAGAGCCGCUGGAGUGGCGGGCCCUGCAGCUGGCAGCCACCUGGGCUGAAGUGGGCCGGCCCCUGCAGGAGGUGCACCGCCGCCCGGGGCUGCGCGCCCAGUGCCGGCGCCUGCGGGUGCGCCUGCGGGGCCUGGACCGGCGGGACCUGCUCGCGGGGGCGAAGCGGCCGCUGGAGGACCUGCGCUUCGCGGUAGAGCUGCUGGGGGCGCGGCCCAGGUCUGCGCCGGCGGAUCGGCCGUUGUGCAGGAUCCAGCAGCUGGACCUGGGGCGCGCGCCGCUGCCCGCAGGCGGCCGCGCGGAGGGCACCGCGCAGGCGGCGGCGCUGGGGGUCUUCCUGCGCAGCUGCUCGCAGCUCUCCGAGCUGCGCCUGGAGGGCAGCGCGCACUUGUGCACGCCAGCUGCACUGGAUGCCAUUACAGUCAGCCUGGGGGACCUACGCCUACCCCUCAGGGCGCUGCUCUUCGGCGGCUGCAGCGUCUCUUCGGAGGCAGCGGCGCCCUUGGGCCGGCUGCUGCGGCGGUGCCCGCGCCUGGCGCGGCUGAGUCUGGCCGGGGCCCGGCGCCUGGGGCCCGGGCUCGGGACGUUGGCGGAGGCGUGGGCGCGAGGGGAGACGCUGGCGGUGGAGGAGCUGGUCUUCAGCAACUGCGGCCUGGACGAAAGCUCCGCGCCCGCGCUCGGCCAGCUGCUGAGGCAGUGCCAGCGCUUGGUCCAUCUGGUUCUAGAUGGCAACAAGGCGCUCUUCCGAGCUCCGUCGCUGGUGGGGCUGCUGCGGGGCCUGGGCGACGAGGGCCUGCCGGAGUUGCGGAGUUUGGUGGCGUACGACCUUGCCGUCAUGGACGAGGCUGCGGCGGAGGCCUUCGACCGCUUCGUGAACCGCUGCUCUGCGCUGCGCGGUGAAGUAGCUGCGGGCGGCCUUUAG